ACAAUCUACUCUUAUUACUGUAAUAGCAAGCUUACAUGAGAACAUACUAAGUAGUAUCCCAUGACUAGUUUUAUUGAUUAGUAAAUAAUGUAUGCACACAGGAAAUCGCAACUUCUUCCACAAUGGUUAAACUACACAAUCAAACUAAUAAAAAGUGCAGGGAAGGGAAAACGUUGUAGGUUUUGCAGAAAGUGAAAAUCUGCGAGUUGCUUUGGGUGCUCUUCGGCCGAAAAACUGUUCCUGGUAAAAGCUUAGUUAAAAAGGAACUCUGAAAGUGUGCAAUAGUAGAACAGUUUAACAUAAUUUCCGUGUUUUUCAACCACUUCCUAUGUUUAUCUUUUUUUGCAUUACGUAACACUGUGAUCUAUUCUGCUGGUACUGGAGAGUGAGAAGAAGGGUAGGGUGGAGAGGGAAGACGAGAGGCAGAGAGAUAGAGAGAAGAGUAGAAAGGGUUGACAAACUUGGUAGAAAAAGGAGAGAAAAGUAGAGAGAAUAGGAGAAGGUAGAGAGAAUAGGUAGAAGGAAAAGAGUGCCAUGAGAACAAUACCAGUGGGGUCCAGGGACAGACAGAACCUCUGGAUCUGGGUUCUCCUCCUCCUGACUGGUGUUUGGGGGGAUGAAGGUUGGGAAGUGAAAUAUCCAGCUUCAUUCUGUGCAAUCAAAGGAUCUACUGUUACCAUCCCCUGCCGUUACAAGUACCCUGAAAAACAUCAUCCAGUUAGGGUUAUCUGGUGCAUAAACCAUCCGAUAUGCCAGACUACCACUCCAAAAUUUUACGACAGUAACUCCACCACUAAUCAUCCAGGUUUUAAAUAUAUUGGAGACAAAAAGAACAACUGUACUUUACAGAUUGAGAAUAUAAACACAACAGAUUCCAAAACAUAUAGGUUCAGAUUUGAAACAGAUCCAAAAAAUGCACACACAGGUCAAUCAGGAGUACACAUCGAAGUCAGAGAAAUUGACAACAACAUUACGUUGGAGGUGACAGCUAGUGAUGACAGAGUCUCUAAAGAGAGAGUCACCCUGAGCUGCACAUCAUCUUCACCCUGCAUCUUCAACAACCUGAAGAUCACCUGGUACCACAACAACACAAUUUUACAGGCGACAGGUCCCACCCUAACCCUGAGUCCUGUUUCUCGGAGUGAUGCUGGGAACUACUCCUGUGGUUUAGAAAGUAGCCCUUUCUUUCGCUCUGAUGCAUACAGUCUCCAAGUGGAGGAUCCAUCCAAACCUUCCAUUGUUCUCAUUGUUUUACCUGUCUUGCUGAUUGUGCUGACCAUCACGGUGGCUGCUACAAUUCUUCUCAUAAGGAGGAGAAAAGCAGAAGACCCCAAAAAGGAGAAAAAGGAUGGUGUCAGCACACUGCCUGGAGAUGCCAUGUACAGCAGCAUCAGAGAGACAACCCCACAAACUACAGGAAAGACAAGACAUGACAACAACGCCCAGGAAGAGGAGGAAGUUAACUAUGCCACUGUUCAUUUCCAGCACAAGACGUCUUCAAGACCUGCUAAUAUCAAGCAGGAAGAGGAUCCUGUCAUCUAUAGCUCAGUGUCCAGGUAGUGAACAUACAGUACAUAUCUCUGUAGCUCAGUGUCCAGGUACUGAAGAUAACUCUACAGCACAGUUUCAUAAUGGGUUACUGUAAGAAUGACCAUUAAGCAACUGCUUUGUCAAAGUUAUCCCUGAUAGUAACACAUUGGGUCUUUUAUUGAGUUUUAGCAUUUGUAAAGUGCUAAAAAAAAUAAAACCAACAUAACACUUGGUUGUCUCAAGUAUGUGCAAUUAAUGGGUGUCUUUCAAUAAAUAUCUGUCCAACUUUGUUUUUGCCACAACUAUGAGACUACCCUCUUUCAGGCCUUUGAGAAUCAACCCUUGUCUUUUCUGAUAAGGUGAAAAGGGGCAGAAUGACAGUAACUUGAUUCACCUUGUAUUUUACUGUAUCUGUGUGGAUGUCAGUGAAGAGCAUUUGAAGGCGUACUAUUCAGCCAAGCCAUGUCAUCCUGCAGCCUGGACUACUUUUUCCAUCCAAUCUGCUUAUCUUGCACUGUAAUAUUUAGAAAUAAUGUCUGUAUUAUCUUUGUUUUUCAUGUUUAAACACAUAAAUAAAGAUUCCUUACUUGAUUACGUAA